AAAAUCCGUUAUAAGGAAUCAAAUACCAGUUGAUGAUUACAUAAAGAUUGUUGAAACAGGUGGUACAAUAUUGCGAAAAAUGAAUAUAUUUUGAAGUGAUUUACAUGAAAUAUAUACAUUGAUGUGCAAUAAAGUUGCUCUAUCACAUAAAGAUGAUGAAAGGUUCAUAAUACCUAAUACCACCAAGACAUUACCUUGGGGACAUAACGACAUUGAGUUUUAUCAAACAUGCCUCAAUCAGAAUUUCAAAAUUCUUUUGGAAGUGUUGAAGGAUGAAAGCAAUGUCGGAAAUGGAAAAUUAGAUCUACUCAUUAAAUUAUUGGAAGAGCAAUUGACUAAUUGAAUAUUAAAAAUAUAUAUACCGAUUUUUUUAUGUUCAACAAUAAUUGGAAAAUUCAUGCCAAUUGAAUAUAGUGAAUGAAUGUUAUCGUUCUCUCCCACUUCACCCCCACCACAACCUCCACACAGUGCACAACUGAUGGUGGGGUUGUAGAGAGGGAAGUGGGUGGAGCUUAUCCUUUUAAAAUGCGAGAGGAGGCCAGAGUACAUCAUUCGCCUGCAGUAGUCCUUCGAGUGAACUUACCUCCAGUGCCCAGUCGAGCCAACCUGCUUCCAGUGGAAAUUUUUUCGAUUCAAUAAGCAUGUCUUUCUUACGAGCUGCCCUGAUGGAUGGAACCAUUCGUACUGAAGCCCAAGAGAGGGAGAUCAUGCGCAGGAAGGGGUUAAUGGCUGGAACCCCGCUAUCUGAAGCCCAGCUAGAUGAAGCCAUGCGCAGGAGGGUGGUUGUCCAUCAGGACGUGGUGAUCCAGCCACCUAGGACCCAGAUGGCAACGAUGGCUCCGACGACGACGACUUCCAAUGUCAAGUCCCUCUUCCGUGAUUUCAACCCAGACCAGGAAGCGGAAUCAAUGAUGAACCUAUCCAUCGAGGCGGUACCGACGUCUCAGAGUUUGGAAGGGUUGUUGGAGACGUUGAAUCCCAACUUGGAGAAACCACUGCCAGAUCUUCUGGAAUUGUCGGAUGUGGAAGAUGUGAUGUUGGCACAGCUACCUGGUGUGUUAUCCCAAAUCAAAGAAGCGGAUACGGGCCAACAACAAGGUGGUGAAGUCUGAAGAGCGGAGUUCCAAGAAAACGAAACCACCAUCCGGGAAGUCGAAGUCGAAGCCAUCAAUCAGGAGGAAGGACGAUAAACUGAGCGUCUUCAGAAAAAGAUGUGAAAGGAACACGGCCAUUA